AUGCUCUCCCGUUCGUUCCGUGCCAUCCAGCGCCAGACGCUCAGCGUCCGCACCUACGCCCUUCUGGCCAAGGCCCAGGGCCUCAUCUCCAAGCUGGUCCAGGAAGUCGACCCUGAGAUGGCGUCGAUUUUGCAGCAAGAGAGAGACAGACAGAGAAACUCCAUCACCUUGAUCCCAUCGGAAAACUUCACCUCCAAGGCCGUCAUGGACUUGUUGGGCUCGGAGAUGCAGAACAAGUACUCCGAGGGUUACCCUGGCGAGAGAUACUACGGUGGUAACGAGAUCAUCGACAAGGCUGAAUCCUUGUGUAGACAGCGUGCUUUGGAGGCUUUUGACUUGGACCCCGAGCAGUGGGGUGUCAAUGUCCAGCCAUUGUCUGGAGCCCCAGCCAACUUGUACGCCUACAGUGCCGUUUUGGAGGUUGGCGACAGAAUCAUGGGUUUGGACUUGCCUCACGGAGGCCAUCUUUCCCACGGAUACCAGACCCCCAAUGCCAAAAUCUCCUACAUCUCCAAGUACUUCCAGACGAUGCCUUACCGUUUGGACGAGGAGACCGGGCUCAUUGACUACGACACCUUGGAGAAGAACGCUCUCUUGUUCAGACCCAAGGUCAUUGUGGCUGGUGCCUCUGCCUACUCCAGAGUCAUUGACUACAAGCGCAUGCGUGAAAUCGCCGACAAGGUCGGAGCCUACAUUUUGUCCGACAUGGCCCACAUUUCCGGUUUGGUGCUGGCUGGUGUCACUGCCUCUCCAUUCCCAUACUCCGACAUUGUCACCACCACCACCCACAAGUCCUUGAGAGGUCCUCGUGGUGCCAUGAUUUUCUUCAGAAAGGGCAUCAGAAAGGUCACCAAGAAGGGCAAGGAGAUCCCAUACGACCUCGAGAGAAAGAUCAACUUUUCCGUCUUCCCUGCCCACCAGGGUGGUCCUCACAACCACACCAUCUCUGCCUUGGCUGUCGCCUUGAAGCAGUGCCAGUACCCUGAGUACAAGCAGUACCAGCAGGAGGUUGUGGACAAUGCCAAGGCCUUUGCUGCUGCUUUGGAGGACAAGGGCUUCGACUUGGUUUCCAACGGUACCGACACCCACUUGAUUCUCGUGGACCUCCGUUCCAAGAAGAUCGACGGUGCCCGUGUUGAAAAAGUCUUGGAGCACGUGAACAUUGCCGCCAACAAGAACACCGUUCCCGGCGACAAGUCUGCUCUUUUCCCCAGUGGUUUGAGAGUGGGUACUCCAGCCAUGACCACCAGAGGUUUUGGUCCCGAGGAGUUUGCCAAGGUUGCCGAGUACUUCCAGAAGGCCGUGGACAUUGCCAUCAAGUUGAAGGCGCAGGAGCAGGGCAGUGUGGCCAAGGAGUUGAUGGCCAGCUUCAAGCAGAUUGUAGAGCAGUCGGAGGAGGUGAAGGCGUUGGACGCCGAGGUGCAGGCCUGGGCUGCCCAGUUCCCUGUUCCUGGUGACUUGUAG